AUGGCAGUGUCAAAACCUCCUGAAAUCGCUUCAAAAUCUAGCGAAUUUAGUGGAUAUGAAGCAAAGGCAUCAUUUGGAGAAAACAAAGACUACCUGAAUGCGAAACCUAAGAGAAGUUCUUUAGCUUGCAUUAGAUGUCGAAAUCGUCAUACCAAAUGUCCUGGGGGUGAACCCUGUAGAAAAUGUCAAUUGGCGAAAACAAAAUGUGAAUAUGUUGAAGUAGAUAAGAAAGUGGUUGUUUCGAUGAAAUAUUUAAGCAAACUACAUGAUGACAUUGCUAGAUUGAAGAAAGACAAUGCGACUUUAAGGAAUAGCCUCAAAGAAGAAGCAAAUAAAAGGCUUUCUUCGGCUUCCUCAGGGGAAACAGAGUGUGAGUCACCAUUUGCUCAACACUCAUCGAGCAUGAAUCUAUCGCAGAACCAUACCGGAUCCAUUUCCGACGUGGGACAGAAUAAGUUGAACCCACAGAGCGGUGAAGUAAUACAGCCUUCUUUAGAGAAUCAUGGGAGAUUAAUACACUCAAGAACGGGUGAAAAAUUGUAUGCUGGAUCAUCAUCUAUGACUCUCUUUGGUCUUGAGAUUCAAAAUAUGGUUUCACCGAAUGCUUCGAGCCUAUCGAGGAAAAUGUCAACAUUAGGAUCUCCUCCUCAAGAUUCCUCUCCAAAUGUAUCAAAUUAUUCUUUUUAUUACCACCAUACACGUGAAGCGGAAAUAUUAGAGAAAGAAGGAAAUGCCUACAAGAUCACAUUGUCGAAAACGAAUACGAGACCUGGUCUUUCCAUCAAUUUUACGCUUCCUUCGUAUUCUUAUGCAAUGCUUCUCGUAGACAUGUUUAUCAACUAUAAUGAUGCAUGCUUUUAUUUUUUUAACGAAGGAUUGGUUAAGCAAUUUUUGAUGAAUUUAUAUUCCGGAAAAACAGAAGAGAAUAAAAAGAUCUUGAAGAGAAACAAAAGUCCGCUUACAUCACCAGUCGAAGAUGACAAUGCUAUCAAGAGAGAUGCAGAUGACGAUAGGAUUUUGGAAUCUAUAUGGUUCUGCAAAAUAUUACUUAUUUUUGCUAUCGGAGAAAUGUACUUGGGUACCGAAUCAGAUUCUUCAAGUGCUAAAAGCUCAAACAAAUCCAAAGCAGAUAAUAAAGCUAAGAACAAAAAGACAAGAAAAAAUAUUCUUCCAGGUUCUGGGUUUUUUUAUCAAGCCACUGAAUUAUUUACAGGCUUAUUUGCUUCUGGAGCGAUUGAUAAUGUUACUAGGGAUGGCGGUAUUGAGGUCUUGCUAUUAUAUGCGUUCUUUUUGCAAGUAGCAGAUUGUACUAUUGCUUCCUAUUUUUAUUUUGGGUUAGCCUUGCGGUCAAGUUUGAUUCUUGGAUGGCAUGUUGACGCUGAAAAAGAAAAUUUAAACAGAUUCGAGUUGGAGCAUAGAAGAAGGAUUUGGUGGACGGUGUAUAUGUAUGAAAGAAUGCUCUCUUCAAAGGCUGGAUUACCAUUAAGUUUUUCUGAUGACAGUAUCUCAACUGCUUUGCCCGCAGAUUUUAAUAUGACAAUUGAUCAAUCAGAAGAAAACGACGUCAGAGGUUAUUAUAUUUUUCCAAGUGCCGAAUAUAUUAACAAUUGCGUCCGAAUAACGCAAAUUAACGCAUCAAUCCUUUCAUCUUUAUACACGAAGCAACCGAAAUUUAAUAUUUUGCCAGUCGUUUCUGAACUUGUGCAGAAGUUGACUACGUGGAGAAAUUCGUUACCUGAUUUUUUGAAAGUUGAGUUUUCUAGUGAAGAAGUGUCAGUCACAAGAUUGACUGUGAAUUUAAUGACAGAAUAUUUUCAAGGUAUGAAUUUGGCGGUACGUCCACUUUUGUUUCAUUUUGCUAGCAAAAAAUUGAAAGAAAUCCAGGUCGAUCACAGCGUGAGUAAAUAUAUUGAUUUGAAGAAGUAUUCAGGAAAUAUCUUUAAAUUAUUAAAUGCUUCGUUCCGAGCCUCCAUUAAUUCGAUCAAAUGCAUAUGGGGUCUAAUGCCUGAUAGAAUGGUUGCCAUGUUUGGUUGGAUGGAUAGAGAAUACUUGUUCACUUCAGCUUCUACAUUAAUAUUAUUUAAUGCUUCCUUUGGUGUCUACGAGGCAACAAAGACUCACUUGGAUCAUGCCUUGAUCAUAUUCACAAAAAUGAAAAAAUUAGGCAAUUAUCCUGCGGCAUUAAGGAGAGCUCAACUUUUAAAGUUAAUAAAAGUAUUAAAUUUUAACGGGCCAAUGGAUGAUUUACUUCAAAAGCAUUGCCAUGAGAAAGGUGAUGAUUAUGACUUGAAUGGACUGAAUGCAGACCCUCACAACAAUGGAGAUGGAGGAAACACCAAUUUUAAGUCUGAGUCAACAAUUCCAUUCGAUUCAACUCCAUCUUUUAUUGAUUUUAAUAAACAAGAGCAACAGAUGUCAACGUCAAAAGACACUUCAAACGACCGAGGAGACGUGACUGAUCUUAAUUUACUUCUCACACCAACAAUAACUGCUUUUGAAGGGACGUCAGAUAUGGCAGUUGAUGAAGUACCGUCUUUAGACGACGAACAAAAGCUAUGGAAUGAAAUAACGAAUGAUGCCAUUUGGUUGAAUAUACCGGGAGAGCUGUCGAACCGUGAUCAUGAAGAUCUGUGGCGGGAAUUAGAUCGCUUCAGUGCUUCAGUUUACAACCCUAGCCAAUCACAUAAUCAGACACCACAAGCUGAGGUUUACAGUGAUGUUCCAGAUGUUUUGAAUAUUUUCAAUCGAAACCCCAAUGCAUUUGGAUGA